AUGCAAAGACCCAGCGUCUCGUUCAAUUCUCCCACCGUGUACUCAGGAGUGAAGGUCCACGAACAAACCGCCCAUUUGGCCAACAUCGGUGUCACUGACGACGAUAACAGAAGCCAUCCAGAAGACGACGACGAGUAUGACUACGAAUACGAGGAAGUGGAUGGCAUCAGCUCGUCCCCUUCCAUCCCCAUAAAGGGCCAGAAAAACUAUGACCCUCCCAAGACAAGCACCAGCCCCUUGAUAGUCUCCAAGCAGAAGAAGUACGUCGAUGACUUGGAAACGGGCUUGCCCACCCCAGCAGGCAUGCCUGUGUCAUCUUCUGUCAGCAGCUUGCCACCCGUCAAGAAGCCCUCGUUGCUCCAUCAAUACCUCAUCAAGCCAAUUCAGUUCACUCCUGCCGUGUUCUUGGGCACCCUUUUGAAUAUCCUCGAUGGUUUGUCGUACGGAAUGAUCAUGUUCCCAGUCAGUGAAGCCGUCUUUUCCUCCCUUGCUCCCGCAGGGUUGUCUAUGUUCUACAUGUCGUGUAUCGUAUCGCAGUUGGUGUACUCUUUAGGAGGAUCGGCUUUCAAAUCUGGAAUUGGGUCCGAAAUGAUUGAAGUCACUCCCUUCUUCCACUCAAUGGCUUUAUCGAUCGUAUCCGAGAUGUCAGGCGCCGAUCAGGAUGCCAUCAUUGCCACUACCAUCACUACCUACGCCGUCUCUUCCAUUGUUACAGGCAUGGUCUUUUUCAUGCUAGGAAAGUGCAAAUUGGGUGCAUUGGUGGGAUUCUUCCCUAGACACAUCUUGGUAGGCUGUAUCGGGGGUGUGGGAUACUUCUUGGUGGCUACCGGUAUUGAGGUGUCUUCUCGUUUGGAAGGUGGCUUGGAGUACAACUACGAAACAUUCAAGUACCUAUUCUACAACCACAUCACCGUCUUAGAGUGGACAAUGCCAUUGGUUUUGACGGUUUUGUUGAUUGGUCUUCAGCAUAAGUACCACAACUCCUUGUUGGUGCCACUCUUCUUUAUUGCGGUCUUCAUUGCAUUCCAUUUGAUUGUGCUCAUUGUGCCUUCUUGGAAUUUGAAUAUGGCAAGACAAUACGGAUGGGUAUUUCCCGCUGUAGAGGGUAACCAACCAUGGUAUGGCUUCUACAGCUUAUACAAGUUCAACGUCGUGGACUGGUGGUGUAUCCUCAAGCAAUUGCCAUCCAUGUUAGCCUUGACUUUCUUUGGUAUCUUGCACGUUCCUAUCAACGUACCUGCAUUGGCUGUUACUGUGGGCAUGGAUCAAUUUGAUGUUGACAGAGAAUUGGUGGCACAUGGCUACUCUAAUGCAUUGUCCGGAUUGGUCGGCUCGAUCCAAAACUAUCUUGUCUAUACCAACUCAGUGUUAUUUAUUAGAGCAGGUGCUGAUGACAGAUUGGCGGGGGUUUUACUAGCAAUUGCAACCGCCUGUGUCAUGUUUGCAGGACCUGUUGUUAUUGGCUAUAUCCCCGUGUGUGUUGUGGGCUCUUUAAUUUAUUUGUUAGGUUACGAGUUACUCAAGGAAGCUAUUUACGAUACCUACGGUAGAUUGAGAAAAAUCGAAUACACCACUGUGAUUAUCAUUGUGGUGACUAUGGGAGCUUUUGAUUUCGUGGUUGGUAUUCUUGUUGGCAUUUUAUUGGCCUGUCUUUCAUUUGUGGUUGAGGCAGCAAGAAGUCCUGUCGUCCAAGGCAUCUAUUCCGGAAAUGUGGCUAGAUCCACCGUCUUGAGACAUCCUAAACAACAAGAAUUCUUGAAGAAUGUCGGGAAACAAAUUUGCAUUAUCAAAUUACAAGGAACUGUUUUCUUUGGCUCGAUUGGGGGCGUUGAAAAGUCCAUCCGGUUGAAGUUUGAGGACGAGAUCUUCAAAAUGAACCCUAUCAAGUUUUUGAUUAUUGACAUGAAAGGAGUCAGCUCAAUUGACUUUUCGGCUGCUGAAGGUUUCAGAAGAAUUUUGAACUUGACCAAUGAAUUCAACACCCAGUUGAUCAUCUCAUCUGUCUUUGAAGAGGAUGAUAUCAUUAAGGGAUUGCGCGAUGCAGGAUUGUGGGAUGGCAGAAGUGAUGACAACAGCAUUAAAUUAUUCAACACUUUGAACUACGCCUUGGAAUGGUGUGAAAAUGCCUUCUUGAAGACCUACAAGACUGUCAAGAAAAAGCAGAACAAAAUAAGCGUACCUUUUGAUGGAACCUCAGCCUUGAUGAACCAAAGAUCCAACACUCCUGGCUCUGAUAAUGUCAAACAAUUGAUGAACCAGAACUUCGACUUUGGAACUCCUCGUACAACUCAUGUGUACCAAGCGGCCAAAAGAACUGUGUUCGACGAGCAGACUCUCCAGAGCAAGUACUACACGCUGAGUGACGACUCGUUCAAGAAGCAACCAUUGCCCUUGAUCAUGAUUACCUUCCAGGGAUUGUCCGAGAAGGACGAGGAGUUUUGGUCCCAGUUGACGUCAUACCUUGUUAAGGAGAAAAUCCCCGAGGAUUACGAAUUCUACAACUCGUCCCGUGAUGCCCCCAGCUUCUUUAUCGUGGAGUCUGGCUUGGUGCGUUCGGUCUUCAAGUUUGAGAGCGACAACAGAACGUUGCAUUCGAGCAUUUUACCCAUGACGGCAUUUGGAGAUCUCUAUGAUACAGGACCCAACUUUAGAGAGAUGAACUACACCACCGUGACCGACUCGGUGAUCUGGAAACUUCCUCACAACAAGGUCAACGAGUUGUUGAAGCAUCCGAAUGGCGAGCAUAUCUUGGCCGAGUUGCUCAAGAUCCAGACCAAAUUAAUCAGAGAAAGAUUCGAUACCAUGACUGCCAAUUUAGUGAUUGCAGGCUAG